AUGUGGCUGAAGGCACUGGGUAUGGACCACAUCCAGUUCAUGAAUCUCCUGAAGGGGAAGCGCAUCAGUCUGACCGUGAAGAGCUUGUCCUACUCGGGAGUCGUUCAGCGAGUCAGCCCGGACAAAACCCUGCUUCUGUCGGACGUGAGUGACAGCAAUGGCUGCAAGAGCGCCGGAGAUAAGCUGUUCAUCGGUCAGGAGAUCAUGAACGGUGAGUUUCUCCACGCUGACAUUGAAGAUGUAGGUGAUGAGGAGGCCGUCGACCUUGAAAUCAUUGACGAGUUUAUCCAGAAGUUUGGCCCUGCUGUGUUGCACAUCAAGAAGCAGAGAGUGAUCGGGGUCGGCGCUGCAGGUGUGGAGAUGUAUAGAAACGGGAGAUUAUGCUGGCUGCUGAUUGCCACGAAAUACAAAGUGUACUUUUUUGACGUCCUCCAACUCGGGACCUGGGCGUUUAAAAACGGCCUCUCCAUGAUCCUGGAAAGCCGGCACAUAUUAAAGGUCAUUCAUGACUGCAGAUCCAUCGCUGGAUGUCUUAUAUCUCAGUUCGGAGUGAAGCUAGCCAACGUCUUUGAUACUCAGGUGGCAGACGUCCUGUGCUUCCGCUCGGAGACGGGCGGCUUCCUUCCCGACAGACUCAGUACCCUGGAAGAGACGCUCCGCCUCCGGCUGAAGGUGCCUCCGGACCAGCUCUCGUCUAUUCAGACCAAAUCUCAGCUCACCAAGGAGGAGCAGGAGGUGUGGUACACCCGGCCCUGUCCUGCAGCUCUGCUGAAGCCGAUGGGUCUGUCGGUGAUCCACCUGCUCCCUCUGCGGAUGCAGCUGAUGGACGAUCUCAUGACCGACUGCCUGCUUCUGGUGGACUGCUACCUGAACACCAGCCACUACCUGCCCGACGAGAUGGAGCACGCCAGCCCGGAAAGCAUGUUGGAGUUGCCCAGAGAGCUGAAGCAGCUGGAGCCGCUCCUCCAGGAGCGUCAGAAGUUAGCCGCAGAGCAAUACCCCGUCACGGAGCAGGGCCUGCUGGCACGCUUCCAACAACAACCCGAGUGCUCAUCUGAGGUCUCACCUGCAGCCGAGGACCAGAACGGAACGCUGCCGAAGCCUUCUAACACCCAGGCGUGUCGACGCAGCCCUCCGUCUGUGAACGGCAGAGGAAGGCCAGGCGAAUUCAUUAACAUCACCUGCGUUCAGAACAAGGCGCCAGCCGCCCCGGCCUUCCCGUUCAUCGGUAGAGGCUUCCUCCUCCACAUGCCUCCGGCUCAGGGUCCCGGAUGGAGCGCCGCGGCUCCUCCAGCUCCCAGACUAACAGCAAGACCUGAUCCUGAAGAAGAGGAAGACCUCGGCUGGUAG